CGGGUCGGAAGUGUUUCUUGGCUGAUAAUAGGAAAGCUUUUUCAUAGUGUUAUUAAAAGUUCCGUAAACGUAAUUAAUACGUAACAGUUAUAGUUACAGUUCAAAGUUCGGAUGUUAAAAGAAUGUGCUAGACCUUAUUUUCAUUAUAAUUGGUGUAUAAGUCGCCCUCUAGAGCUGGGAAAAUGUUAAAAUAACAGUUCAUGUCUUAUGAAAUGGACACCCAAAAGUAAAACUGUGUAUUCAAAUAUUUUCGUUAGGGGGCAUUUACUGGAAUAAACAUGGUUAUUUCUGGGGAGGAAACUGUGGAGUCAUCUUCAGCAAUGCAUACAGAAAAAAUUUAUCUGUUUAAUGAAAAUGUACUUGAAAAUGGUGACAGCCUUAACUACAGGAGUCUUUUAACUGAUGCUGUAAAAAUGGAGAAUCAAGGAAAGUUUCUUGAAUUUGCAUGGGGUAUGGAAAUGCAAGUUGAAGAAGUACCUAUAAAGCCAUUGAGAGUAGUGGAAGUUGAUCUUAACAUGCAAGUACCAGUAUCACUACAAGUAGAUAAUGUCGAACUGCUUAAAGAAAUUUCCAAGAAAGCAUAUGGUGAGGAAGAAAACAGAUUGUCAUUUGGGUCCAUCUUAGGACAGGGAUGGGAACUUGGAGCUUCAAAAAUAUAUGGUCCCAAUCAUGAGGAUGUUGAAUUAUCAUCCAUGAUCACCAGUCAUCUCCAGCUUCCCAGUGAGAUGAAUAUAGCAGCAAAGUUCAAGAAAUUAGUGUUGUACGCAGGACAUCAUUGCUUCCUUAAUAACCUGGGCUCCUGUUGGGUCGAUGGAAAAUUUGGUACUCUACUCCUUCAAUUACCUGUGGAAGGAGGACAUGAAGGUGGACAUUUAAAUAUUGAAUAUCAAGGAAGGAAGAAAAAGUUUGAGAGCCAUACGAAUAGCGAUAGAACUUUCUAUCUGUCUUCAUUUUACAAUUGCUGUGAACAUUUUAUCGAACCCGUUUUACAAGGACACAAAUUGAUGCUCGUAUUCGAUCUCAUUUGGACAAAUGCCAAAAUAGAGAUCCCACGUAACUUUCCUGUUUUUCUUACAGCGCUCAAACAAAUCAAGAAAGCGAUCAAAUCAUGGCGUCACCAUCAUCUGUUAAAUUCAAAGAAAAAGGAUAAAACGCAACGUGUCAUGCAUUCAGGUUGCUCGCCAUCCGAUUCUGGAACGGAGUUAUCUCCUACGAUUGCAGCAGAAGACAUCUGCAUAAAAUAUUACAGUCUGGACAGCGACGCGGAUUUUCUCUAUUCUGAGGAAAUAUUGAAAGAAAAUAUCUUGUUCCUGGUUUUAAACAAAAAAUAGGACAAGAAACUCCUUUCAUUUGAACUAUUGCGGAGACGUGAUCGAAUUUUCGCGGAAGCAUUGUUGCAGUGCAGUUCCUUAGAUGUGCAUCUCGCUUUAGCAAAACGAAAAAUCCCACAUGUAAGAA